CAUACAAAGGAGGGGGAUGAGAAGAUUAAGAUGCACACUCAUUCUUACUGUUGUCUAGACUAUGCACAGAUAUAUGAUGUGGUUAGGUACAGACUGCAUCGUAUGAAGAAAAAACUGAAAGAUGAAUUGGAAGACAAGAACACAGUUCAGGAAUAUAUAUGCCCCAAUUGCAAUAGAAGGUAUACUGCAUUGGAUGCCUGGCGGUUAAUUUCUAUGAUGGACGAAUAUUUUCACUGUGAAAUGUGUGAUGGGGAACUUGUGGGUGAGAGUGAUAAGCUUGUUGCUUAAGAAGGAGGAGAUGGAGAUGAUAAUGCAAGGAGGUGAAGGCGUGAAAAGUUAAAGGACAUGCUCCAAAAGAUGGA